AUUGUAUCCACAAAAUACUAUGUAAACACCUGCAGGACAGCACUCUGGUUUCCAUGAGUGAACAUUUAAUGACAAUGUAACUUUUUCUUGUUUUUAUACCGCGUAAGUAGUUAGCCAAAAUUAAUGAUUAAAAUCCCCAGCUGAGCUUCAUUGCCAGCCAGCUAACUUAACGUCUGCUAAAUUUAGCUUUGCUGUUUGUUUUGACUGCUACAAUGGGUGGCUGCUCCGCUCCGAACUGCUCCAAUUCAACUAGCAUAGGCAAACAGCUGUUUAGAUUCCCCAAGGACCCUGUCCGCAAGAAGAAGUGGGUGGUGAACUGUCGUCGUGACUUUGAACCAACUCCUCACUCCAGACUCUGCCAGGACCAUUUUGAGCAGAGCCAGUUUGAGGAGAUAGCCAGGUCUCCGGCUGGGGGAAAGAAGCUGAAGCCCAAUGCCAUCCCUACUCUGUUCAGCGUUGGAGACCCUCCAUACCCUGCCGUCACAACCCCAUACAUCCUGCUGCCCCUGAAACCCGAACCAGUGGAGAAGGAGCUGAAUUUUGGUGACCAUGGCUAUGCCAGACGUACCCCUCUCCCUGGCAUGGAAGAGGAUGAUGCAGACAGGACAGGCGAGGACCAGCAGCCCUGCACACAGUGUCAACUCCUCAAGAAACAGUUGGACCAGGAGAUGCAGCACACCGCAAGGCUACAGAAGGAGGCAGAGGAGAUGAAGAAGCGUCUUUAUCGUCUAGACCGGAUCGAGAAGGGCCUCCAGAACUUUCUGUACGAGGACCAGAUUCGCGCCCUGUCCCUCACCAAGCGCUCCCGUAGGGCUGUCUGGUCUCCAGAGACCAUCCUGAAGGCCCGCAAGAUCCGCUGUGCGGUUGGCACCAAAGGCUACGAGUACUUGAGAGAGCUGGGAUACCCGUUACCCUCAUACAGGACUCUAUGUAACCGCCUGGAGACUAAGAUCAUGGUGACGACCGACCUGAGCUGUGAGGAGCUGGCAGAGCUGGGACUCGGGCUCAUGGCCACCUGCGACAGUUCCACAGAAGGUGUUGGGGACAAUGAUGAGGAAGAACUUAUUGGUGUUUUGUCCUGAUCCCGGCAGUUUACGUGAUCUAUUGAUUCUAACCAAAGGAAGAAUUUGCAGAACUUGCUGUGUUAGACAUUUGCAGAUUUGGUGUCGGGUGAAAGAAGAUGAGCACGUUAGGCUUCUUUAUGUAUGAAAGUCUUCAGCGUCAAUAUAAACGUACGCUUCUCUCGACAGAGAUCGUGAGUUCACCGGUCUUAAAUGUCACCUGGUUGUGCUUGUGAUCUGCACCACUAAGACACGGCUUUGCUUUGCGAGAUGCUGGGGCUUGCAGCUAGUCAGUCUGUGCUUACGGUAUUUUUCCAUGAAGAUGCUGAGCUACAGUAUAAUCUUGAACAUGUGACGAGACAUACCAUGUAGUCUGGCAAAGCAGACUGCCACUGAGAGGUUGAGAUUGUGUGUAAAGUGUAGACAGAAUUUGCACAAAGCCUGUUGAAUUUAUUGCUUGUGUUCAAAUGUCCCACACUUGAGUUAAUGAGUGUUUCACUGACUUUAUCUACAUGCACAAUAAAACCCUGGUUUUAUUCAG